UUGGUGAACUAGUUCGAACUAACCACUUUUCCAGUAAUUUACACAUUUAACCUUCGUCGUAUGUCCCCGACAUUGUGCGUGUGUGUACAGUUUCAUAACAAUUCGUACUUUAAUUCGCCUCCCCUACUCGCUAUUGCAUGCUAUGCGCGGGGUGAGAUCUUCUGUUUAUGGCGAUUUUUCCGAGUUUCGCGAUCCAUCUGCUCUUUCCGCACAGUACUGAACAAGGCCUUGGUUGCACUUUCAGGACAGAACGAUUAGGAUGCGGGACGGACGAGAAUGUGGGAGAUAACCGAGGUCAAACUAGCAGCAAAAAACACAACUUGAGGCAUACACCUGCUGUCUGUGUUGUUGUUCUCAAUCACGUCCGCGCGUGGUUGAUAAACAGCGAUCAGCCUCGCUGACAGCAACGUCUCAGAGCGGACUAACUUCUCAAGCAUCUCAAGACGCGUCAGAAAUAAAAGCAUAACCAUGUCUACCCAGGCUGAGGAACCUGCACCAGAAGCAGGGCCAGAAACACCAGCAAAACCGGUGGCCAAAAAGAAGCCCGCCAGUAAAGCAAAGCCUGUCACUGCAGAGAAAAAGAAGAAAAAUAAUAGUAAUAAGAAGAAGAAGGGUAAAGGCCCCGGAAAGUACAGCCAGCUGGUGAUCGAUGCUAUAAAAACCUUGGGUGAGAGAAACGGCUCGUCUCUUUUUAAGAUCUAUAAAGAGGCGAAAAAAGCCAGCUGGUUUGACCAGCAGCACGGGCGCGUGUACCUGCGCUACUCCAUCCGCGCGCUGCUGCAGAACGACACCCUGGUGCAGGUGAAGGGUCUGGGCGCUAACGGCUCCUUCAAGAUCAACAAGAAGAAAUUCACCUCCGACACCAAGAAGAGCUCUGCCAAGCCAAAGAAGACUGCGAAAACGACCAAAAAGCCAGCCAAGAAAGCAGCGGAGAAAAAGAAAAGCGUCGGCGGCGUGAAGAAGGCGAUUCCAACCUACAGGAACACCUCCAAACCCAAGAAGGCGGAUAAAAGUCCGGCGGUCGCAGCCAAGAAGGCGGAUAAAAGUCCGGCGGUCGCAGCCAAGAAGGCGGAUAAAAGUCCGGCGGUCGCAGCCAAGAAGGCGGAUAAAAGUCCGGCGGUCGCAGCCAAGAAGGCGAGCAAGCCCAAGAAAGCCAAGCAGACCAAAAAGACUGUCAAGAAGGCUUAAAACGUUUGUAGUCUGCAUGCUUUAAGCUAUGUUUAAAGUACAUGACUUUACUAUCAGCAUCACGCUGUCGCUGUAUAUGUAAAUAAGCCUAAUGAUCGCACAGUUAAUUUAGAGGCAUAUGCAUAGCACUGGACAGUGUCCGGGCCAUUUCGGUGUUACUGAUGUAAAUAAAUAGUUAUUCGAAAAGGAAAACAAAUUAGCACUUUUAUAACCUGCUCUUUGUUAUUUCUUUUCUAUUAGUUGUUAAGAUUCAUUACUUUAUGGUUUCUUUUGAAAUAAAACGAUGAAAGAAAACGAAA